AUCUCAUAAAUCUCGUUCUCAGUUCAGCUCUUCUUUGUUUACCAUCGUUUACUCAACCGUCGAGAGAAAUCUAAAAAAUAUUUUUAAUUAAUUUUAGAAUAAAGAAUACAUCUAAGUUUUUUUAUACAUAAAAAUAAUAGUAAACAAAAAUGUUCUUGUUUUAAACUUCACUACGAUGUGCAUUUAAUAGCUGGUAUUCUGUUUCGAUACCUUUAUUAUUGACAGAUAUUUUAUAACCUACACCGUUUGCUACUGAAAUUUCAUUGAGAAAUUUAAAGCCUUCGAAAACCAGUAAUAAUCGAGAAAUGAUUCAUCAGUAAAUUUUCAAGAAUUUCUUCUAUAAUUACAUUUAAUCAUCAUGGAUAAUUUAAUGGAUUAUAACGACAAUUCCAAUUACAAUCAAUUAUUUCACGCCGUUCAUUCUGGGGACAUAAAUGUUGUUCGCACCAUUCUUGAACGUGUUGCAACAAGAACAAUAUGCGAUAAAACAUUGAUUAAUGUAGCAGCAGCAAAAGGACAUACGGAAAUCGUUCAAUUGCUCAUUAGACGCGAUGGAGACGGCAACACUCCUCUUCAUAUUGCCAUAAAGGAAAAUCAAACCGAGAUCUUUAAACUACUUGUACAGGAGUAUAACGUGAAUGUCCAAAAUUUAAAAGGUCAAGCACCACUUCAUUAUGCCGCAAAAUAUAAUCGCAUCGAAUUUACAGAGUUUCUUCUAAAAUUGAAUGCCAUCGUGAAUCUAGAAGAUGUAAAUGGCGAAACUCCGCUUCAUUGCGCCUUGUCUAGACAAGACGUUCAAAUAGCCGAGAUUCUCUUCAAAAAUGGUGCGACUUUAAAUUCACAAGAUGUGAGGGAAUAUCAUUAUAUUUGUUCUGCUACAAAGACCGGAAAUUUAGAACUUGUGAAAUUGUUAAUGGCGAACGGAUUGAAUCGAAUCGAUCAUAGAUCGUAUUCUCCUCUUGUUGACGCAGUGCAAUGGGAUCGUUUGGAAAUUCUCCAAUUUUUGAUAAAUAACGGCUUGAAAAGCGAAAAUUGUAUCGCUAACGAUGACUUAAAAUUGUUGUAUAAAAGUUUUCUGGAAAAUCGAAUAGAUAUCUUUAAAUAUUUAGUAGACGAGGGUUUCAAAACUACGAAAAGUUUACUACACGAUGCGAUUCAUAAACGUUAUUUAAAUAUGUGGAAAUAUUUAUUGACCUGUAGUUCGAAAAUUGAUGCGAACAUUGCUGAGAGUGAAAACCUUUUUCAUUGGGCUGUACGUUCAGGUUUAGUGGAAACGGUUAAGAAUGUUGUCGAUAAGAAAGAGAAUAUUGAUAAUGAUUCUUCAUCGAGUAAGCUAGCGGUUUACAUUGCUGUUGAGAAUGGUAAUGAGGAGAUUUUACAAAUUCUGUUGAAAGCAAAUUAUUCUUUCGAAAGUUGUUUCGAAGAUCGAAGUCCCCUUCAUGUGGCAGCGACCUUUCAGGACGUGGGGCUUGUAAAAAUUCUAUUAUCAGCCGGAGCUGAUGUUAAUUCUCAGACGAAAAAUAGUUUAACCCCGUUGCAUUUUGCAGCAUGUGCUGGACAACCGAAAAUUGUUAAAUUCCUCCUGGAAAAUGGCGCCGAUCCUUCAGCAUCGACAGAAUUUAAUCAAUUUUAUUAUGACGGCACACCUUUAUUAUUAGCCCUACAAAUGUAUUCUAACGACUUCUCAUCGCUGCGGACUAUUCAAAAAUUGUCGAAAAUUACAGAAAUGUUAAUUUCCCGUUCGAAGAAGGAUAUGUUUCAUUUACUCACCAAUGCGGUUAAAAUAAACACAUCUCGUAAUGAAAAACAGAAUAUUUUUAGUAAUCAUCAAGUGACAAGUUCAGAAGAAGAAGAAGUUUAUCCUCCAGAGAAUUAUGCCACUUGUUUUGAUUUUUAUCCUGAAAUUAUUCGUUGCAUAUUUAAUUCACUCUCAUCUUCUGAUAUCGAAUAUUAUUCCCGAUCAAUAUUGGACCGAACGAUAAGUUCAACUUUUUCCCCCGAAUUAAUACACCUUCUGAUGGAAUACAAUGAUUUUAGAUCGUGUUCCAAUUUUGGAAUAAAACUUUGGGAGAAUGAUUACAAGUGUAAUUUACUCUUAAUUCAUUACGCGAAUAAUGUGAAAAAAUUGUCCAAGAGCGAAAUUCAGCAUAGAUACGUUGCACUUUAUAAAGUACACAAAGAAAAAUCGGAAAUAUUUUUAAAAUUCAUUAUUGCACGUAUUGUGUGGCUAUCCAAUGCUGUCUAUUCGGAAAAGUCAGCAUUUUGCAAAGAGUAUAAACUUUAUUAUUGGCUUGAGGAAUGUAUGAAGCAGAUAAAGACAAUGAAACAGGAGAAAGUUGAUGAUCAAUUAAAUAUAACUUUCUAUGAUGUUCUCAAUAAACCGGUCGAUAAAGUUGCAAAAUACGUGAGAAAUGAGGAUUUACUGCAAAAAAUCGAGUCAUCCUACACAAAGUUUUCAGCGUACAGUGAAUUUUUGACAAUCAGCGUCGAAAAGGGAAUGAGAAGAAAUAAUUUGAUGGACGAAUGCAAAAAUUGUCUCCAUAAACUAAUUGUCAGAAAGUAUAAUCUCCAAAUUUCGAAUUUUGAUUUUGGCAAAAUUUUCCAGUAUCUCUCCACAAUAGAUUUGAGAAGAUUUUUAGCAGCUUGUUCAUGAGAUCUGAACAACUUUCCCUUUGUUAAUUUAUUUCUCUUUAAAAUCACUUUCGAUAUUGUUUAUUCGAUUUUUAAGUUUAUUAAGAAUAAAAACUCGUUUUGUAGCGAAACAAAAAAAUUUGAUCCCUAAAAUUUAGACUUUGAUUUAUGAAACUUAUUAAAAUAAGUUGCGUAGAAUACUUUUUUCUUUGUCUCUGUAUACUAAUUCAGAAAAAAUUUUAUAAAAACGUUGAAAAUUCGAAAAAUUUAACACAUGUAACAAUUAUUUUUUUUUAAAAAACCACUAGGAAUUUUGUGUCAAUUAUUAUAUUAUUGUAUAAUAUAAAUUUAAAAGGUUGACCGUUUUUAGUUGUAUAAGAAAUGUUUUUUCUAAAAAUCAUUUAUA